AAACCAACAACAUAUUUGUUAAAUUCUUGUCUAAAUUGUUAACAUCAAGCUAAAAUGGCAGAUAGAAAAGCUAAGAUUUACAAAGCCAAGUUGGCAGAGCAGAUAGAGAGAUAUGAUGAAAUGGUCAACAACAUGAAAGAAGUGGCAGGCACGGGUAUAGAAAUGACAGCGGAUGAGAUAAAUCUGCUCUCGGUGGCUUACAAAAAUGUGAUUGGAGCUCACAGAGAAUCCUGGAAGAUUAUCACUACCUUGGAACAGACGCAAGAAGAAAAGGGUGGUGAUGAAGAAAAGAUGAUAAUUAAAGAAUACAGGCAACAGGUUGAAAAAGAACUAAAAGAGAAUUGCAAAGACAUAUUACAAAUCAUUGAUAUCCAAUUAAAAAACAACGCUGACACUUCAGGCGUGUCAGCAGUCUCAUAUUUAAAAAUGAAAGGAGACUACAAUACCGACUUAGCAAAAGUCGCCACAGCCAAUGACCGUAAACAAGCUGCAGAAAACAGUUUAGAGGCAUACAAAGCUGCCAGCAAGAUUGCCAUGGCUGAAUUGGCUCCCACAAACCCCAUACGUCUUGGUUUAGCGCUUAACUUCUCUAUAUUUCAUUAUGAGGUUUUAAAAUCACCCGAUCGGGCGUGUCAAGAGGCAGAGACUGCAUUUGAAAACGCCCACAAACAGAUAGAUAGCGUGUGCGAUCAAAGUUAUAAAGACACCACCUUUUUAAUGCAGUCAUUGAUGGACAAUUUAUUGUCAUGGAGAUCAGAGAUGGAGGGAGAUGGUGAGGAUCAGUAGGAUGAAGGUGCUCCCGAGAUUGAGGACUAAAGACAAUGACAAAGACAAUGUCUAUUAUUUAAAGCAGACAAACUAAAUAAAAAAUAAAAAUGGCCUUAGCCAAUGAUAAAAUGUGAAAUCAAAUUAAUUCUACACUCAGCAAAUACUUAGCGUGUUUGUUUU